AUGGCUGAGGACGGCGCGGACGCUGUCGCGUCGCUCAAGCAGUACCAUGACUCCGUCCACAAUCUGAUCACUCGCACAACCCUGUCUUCAACGUUGUCCGGGGUGGUGAUCGCAAUGUCUCUCAUCUCGUUCAGGCUUCUCUGGCGACGCGACAUGCAGCACCGCGCUGUCAAAGCCCUGCUCGCUGCGACCGCCGCGCUCUCACUCUCGACCGCCCUCUUCUUCGUCGCGUCGAUCGUGGCCGCGUUUGCAACGGACGAUAUCAUAUACCGACAGGCCGCGGGACUGACCGUCAGCCCCGCUCGCGUCAGUCUUGUCUACGCGAUGGCCCUCGUCGUCUUCGGCACGCUCGGCAUCAACGUCACCAUCGGCGACGCGGUCGUCAUCUGGCGCGCUGUCGCGCUCUGGGGAUACGCGCGCUGGGUCAACAUUCUCGCGGUGGUGCUGAACUUGGCGAUUCUCGUGAACGGAGUUAUCGCGCUCGCACACGCCUCUUCCAUCUACACUGCGUCCAGCCAAGAAACGGUUCCGGUCCCCUUCCACCUCCCCGCCUUCCUCGACAUCAAAGCUGGGUUCGUGGGUCUCCUCUUCUCGCUGCUCACAAACGUCGUGGCCACCGCCCUCAUUAGUGCCAAGACAUGGAUCCACUGGAAGACAGUUAGAAGGGGCUUAGCGGGACGCAGUGGGCUUCCGCGCACGUUCCAGCUGCUACUACUCCUGGUAGAAACCGGGAUCGCCUACUCGCUGUGCUGGGCCUUCGUCGCUACCUUCUACGGGGUACGCAUCGUGCAUCACCUCGCCCCCCCAGGCUCGUUCGAAAUCGCCGGCAACGUCUUCAUUCUCUCGUGCAUCGCGCCGCUCAUCGCCAUCUCACUUGAGGGCCCUAGAGUAAGCCGGGUCCGGCCAGGUACCCCGGCGGAGUCGCCCGAUCAGGUCGCCUCGGGUAGUCCGGAGGAGCCGUCCGAUCAGACCGGGGUGCGGGUGGGGAAUAAGAAGAGGAGGGCUUCAGCAACGCCCUGUACGUAG